CCAUUGUCUCGUCAAACUCUCACCUCCCCACGACGGAUCUUCCAAGAGAAACUCUUACUCUCCAACUCCCAUUUCCACCUAACCAAAGGUGACCUGAAUAAUUAUUAGACUCCGAGAAAUCCAAAGCCUCCCUACCAAACCAAAUUUCAGAAGCUGAGGUACUAAGUUGCUUAUGGCUGAUUUAUUGAUGGUGCAGAAAUCUAUUGCCUCACCUGGUCGUGGUAUCCUUGCCAUUGAUGAAUCCAAUGCUACCUGUGGGAAGAGGUUGGCAUCUAUUGGCUUAGAAAAUACUGAGGUUAAUCGCCAGGCAUACAGGCAACUUUUACUCACAACUCCUGGCCUUGGUGAAUAUAUCUCUGGUGCCAUUCUGUUUGAGGAAACACUUUACCAGUCAACAACUGAUGGGAAAAAAUUUGUAGAUUGCUUGCGUAAUGAGCAAAUUGUUCCUGGCAUCAAAGUUGAUAAGGGUUUGGUUCCACUGCCAGGAUCAAACAAUGAAUCUUGGUGCCAAGGCUUGGAUGGACUAGCAUCAAGAUCUGCUGAAUACUACAAGCAGGGUGCUCGCUUUGCUAAGUGGAGAACAGUUGUUAGCAUUCCUUGUGGUCCUUCUGCUCUGGCUGUUAAGGAAGCUGCAUGGGGACUUGCACGUUAUGCUGCUAUUUCGCAGGACAAUGGGCUUGUGCCAAUAGUGGAACCUGAGAUUCUUCUUGAUGGGGACCACCCUAUUGAGAGGACACUUGAAGUGGCAGAGAAGGUCUGGUCAGAAGUCUUUUACUACUUGGCGGAGAACAAUGUCGUAUUUGAGGGAAUCCUACUUAAGCCCAGCAUGGUAACUCCUGGUGCUGAACAUAAAGAGAAGGCUUCCCCAGAGACCAUUGCUAAGUAUACACUUACGAUGCUCAAGAGGAGGGUUCCACCGGCAGUUCCAGGAAUCAUGUUUUUGUCUGGAGGACAGUCUGAGGUUGAAGCAACACUCAACUUAAAUGCAAUGAACCAGAGCCCCAACCCAUGGCAUGUUUCUUUCUCAUAUGCACGUGCAUUGCAGAACACCGUGCUUAAAAAAUGGCAAGGACGUCCUGAGAAUGUUGAAGCUGCACAGAAGGCUCUUUUGGUUCGUGCAAAGGCAAACUCACUGGCUCAACUCGGAAAGUACUCAGCUGAGGGUGAAAGUGAAGAAGCUAGGAAAGGAAUGUUUGUUAAAGGCUAUACCUACUAAUUUGCAAGUACUUCAGCUCAUACCUCUUGACGUUCAGAGAGGUUUGUUUUUCUGUUUUUGACUCUUCCUUGUUAGCUGUGGUGUGGUUGCUGACUGCCAAGGAGACAUUUAUAAUUAUUCAUCAGCUUUAUUUACUUGUUUAUUUUUCCUCCUCCCUAAGAUACAGGGUUUGAAUAAUAAUUCUUGUAAGAUUAGGAUUAAUCAUUAGACUGGUAAACUAAAACCAGCUUGGAGUCAAAUAUAUGUAUUUCAAUCUUCA